CCGGUCGAUGUACAGUGCAUUAACUAACGCCUGCAGGGAUAUGUACAUGUGCAGUGUUUUGAUGACAGUUACCGCAGUAACAGGAUAUAUCUUUGAUCAUGUGUACGCUGUACUAAUGGGAAAUAAAAUCAAUCCUGCACAAUUUUGUCAGUGUAGAUCGUUAGAGAAUGUCAAGUCACUCUUAUGCAUAACACUCCUUGGCGAGUCAUGUUUUGGCUAAAACGUUAAUCCUCGGACAAUAAUUAUUGAUCUCGGGCAAAUACAACUAUGGAGGAAUCUUCGCGAUAUCUUCGUGGAAAAGAUGUUAAAAGUAAAUGGCCUUUUAAGUGUGAGGAGUGUAAAAUGUGCUUUAGACAAGAAUGGAGUUACAAAGGACAUAUGGAAACACAUAAGCAUUACAUUGAAAGCGUGUGUGAUAUAUGUUCUGAAACUUUUAUGCAUCCAACAUUCUUAAUGAAGCAUAAAAGAGUAGUCCAUCAGAUUAAAAAAGCUUAUAAGUGCGAAACCUGUGAAAAGUCUUUCUUGAAACCUACCGAAUUAGUUCGACAUAGCAGAACGCAUAAUAGAAAGAAGCACUUUAGUUGCGAUCUAUGUCCAAAGUGGUACCGUAAUGAAUACCAGCUCAAAAGACAUAUGAAAACCCACGACGAUAGCAGAUCUAACAAUAUUAACUAUGUAUGUCCUAAGUGUGGAGAGACAUAUAAAUGGGAAAGUAACUUCAAAGAUCAUUUAAACACGCACACGGGUGAUAAGAAGAAUAUAUGUGGGAUAUGUAAGGAGGAGUUUGCGUAUACACGAGCUUUAAUGUCACACAAAAGAUCCGUGCAUUUUAUCAAAUAUCCGUACGAAUGUUCAAAAUGCGAUAAGGCAUUCAAAAAACCGUCACAUUUAGCAAAUCACUCAGCAGUUCACAAGGAUGAAAGGAAGUUCAAAUGUAACAUUUGUAAAAAAGGAUUCAACACAAGUCACGGACGAAGAUAUCAUCAGAAACGACAUUCGUUGUCAAAUAAAACCGUGAAGUGCGACCACUGCAAUUACAGAUGUAUGAAUGCCAGUACUUUAAGAGAACAUCUUCGCAUACAUUCUGAGGAGAGACCACUGUCGUGUAAUUACUGUAAUUAUACAUGUAAACAGAAAGGGAGCUUACUUGUCCAUUUGAGAAUUCACACUGGGGAGAAAAAGCAUAAGUGUGAGACGUGCGGUAAAGCCUUUAUUACAAGUCAACAAUUAUUACAUCACACUUCGACCCACAUAACAGAAAGAAAUUUCUACUGUACGAUUUGCAAAUCCUCGUUUAAAGACUUCAGGGCUCUGAAAAGGCACAAACAGAGGCAUUCGAGUUAUAAAAAAUAUAUAUGCAAAAUAUGCAAAAGGUCAUUUGCAUACUUUUCAAGUUACUCGUAUCAUUGUUUUUCACAUACUCGUGAAAAAUUAUAUGCUUGUAAAAAAUGUGACGUCAAAUUCAGGCAUAAGUCGUCAUUAGACAAACACACGAGCUAUCACUACAAUAUCAGGAAUUUCACGUGUAGCAUAUGUAAUCAAAAAUUUAAAAGAGAAGGACAUUUAAAAAGUCACGCUUUGACGCACGAAGAUAAAACUAUUAGGAAUUUUAAUUGUGACAUGUGUGGUAAAAAAUAUUUAGACAAUAAAUCUUUCCAGUUACAUAUGAAUCGGCACGUCCUAGAUGCUUCUGAAAGAAAAUGCACUCCAAAGGAGAAGAAGUUGUUCGGAUUUCAGUCUUUUACCAGCCAAAUUUGUAGUUCACCGUUCGAUUGCAGCACGCAGGUACGAAGCCAAAGCGACAUGAAUGGCGGGAAUAGUUUGUUUGAAUGCUAUCAUUGUGACAAGAAGUUCUUUUCAGAAGAAAGCGUGAUACUUCAUAUAAGAAAUCAUUUUGGUGCAUGUUCGGAAACAUUUGUCUGCGAGAUGUGUGACCAUUCUUUCAUGAACGAAGAACUUAUGCGAAAUCACACUGGAAUAUGCAUAAAUGUGAAGAAGAAUAUUAGAAUUGAACUCGUUUAGGGAGAGGUUGCAAUGAUUUUUCCCCUGAAACAUAUUUCAUGAACAAAUAGAAGUCUGUGUGAUACGCAAGGGCGGAACACUGUGAAAUGAAAGAUUCACAAGCAUAGUUAGUUGUAAUGUGUGUUCAUAUUCUCUAAAGUCUAUCCUUGUGUCAUUGUGAAUUGAUAACUCUAUACUGAAGAUAUAGUAUUCGUCUACAGUGGCACAGAAAGGAUGCGAGAUAGAUUUAUAUGCACAGAUAGUAGAUCUAGUACAAACGUGCACACCCGGUAACUUUCACGUGCGCACGUGAAAGAAAAUUUAAUUUCCUUGUCGUGUACGCCUAAGAUUCUUCUUAUAUUGCACGAUAUUUUCUGUAUAUCUUUAUAAUUUCUGAAUUAACAGUUUUGACUUCCUUCUUUCUUUUUAGAACUGUCUUUUGUUAGUUACAUUUCAAACUUUCGGUAACAUGGAUAUAAAUUUCACCAAUUUAUGACCUUACCCUUCCAUGAUAAGUCGCAAGUACUAUUAGGUUGUUUAACAUUGUUCUGUACAAUACGGAAAUAUAUUUGGACGAGUACCCAGCUUAGAAAACCAUAUUGGAUGAGCCGUUAGGCGAGUCCAAUAUGGUUUUCCCAGCUGCUGGGUACUCGUCCAAAUAUAUCUCGUAUUGUACAGUUCAAUGUUAAAAAACCUUUUUAUUCUAUAUCUAUUUUAUUUUAGUUUAAAUUAAAAAUGAUUCACUGAAUAUUGUAUUUCUGCCUUCCUCAUUUCAAGACGCAUAAUCUAACUCUGUACGUAGAGCACCUACUUCACCCGAUUACAUUCGGAACAUUUUUACGCGUUUCGGGCUUUAUCAAAUGUUUAACAUGUCCUUUUUGAACCGUCAAAAUACGGAAAAGAUACAGGGUUUUUUUUGUACGCAUGUGCGUCCAAUAAGGUAAUAUAUUGUACGAUCACGUGUCGCAAAUGAACGUUCACGACUGGACAGUGGAUAGAUAAAAUAGAUAUAGAAUAAACAUCCAUAUUUAAUGUCAUCAGUUUUUAAAGGAUAUUUGUUUGUUUCAGUGUAAGAUUUAAGUAUCUUACACGAGUGAACACCAGAUGCAAUAUUUUCACGAGUAGCAUAAAUACGAGUGAAUAGGUAAGUUAUGGUGUUAAAACGAACUGAUUUUCUUCUUAUUUCAUGUUUUGACUAAAUACCCAUUUUAUAAUCUUUUACUAGUGAGAAAUUUCAAAAACCAGUGCAAACAUGUUUUAUAUUUUUCACUAUGCCAAUACCAUAUAUGCUUCAAUGAUAGUCCGAUGAUUAACUCAAAUGUAUGUAAACAUCUUUAUAAGGUUUGUUCACCUACAAUAUUGUAUGUUGUGACUUUUUAGCUCGACUAUUCGAAGAAUAGUCUAGCUAUUCUACUCACCCUGGUGUCGGCGUCGGCGUCACACCUUGGUUAAGUUUUUGCAUGCAAGUACAUACAGCUAUCAUUUAAAGGCAUAUAGCUUUGAAACUUAUUUAUUCUUUUUCUAGGUCAAUUACCAACCUCACUGGGUCAAGUUGCAUAACUCUAACAUGUAUUUUGAGCAAAUUAUGCCCCCUUUUGAACUUAGAAAAUUCUGGUUAAAGUUUUACAUGCAAGUCACUAUCUCCAAAACUAAUGCAGAUAUUGAAUUGAAACUUCACAUGUGUCUUCGGGGUUAUAAAACUAGUUGAUAGCACCAAGUCCCAUAACUCUGACCUUCAUUUGGGCCAAAUUAUGCCCCCUUUUGGACUUAGAAAAUUCUGGUUAAAGUUUUGCGUGCAAGUACAUACAGCUAUUACCAAAAGGCAUAUAGAUUUUAAACUUAUUUUUUCUUUUUCUAGAUCAAUUACCUACCUCACUGGGUCAAGUCCCAUAACUCUGACAUGUAUUUUGGGUAAAUUAUGGCCCCUUUUGGACUUAGAAAAUCCUGGUUAAAGUUUUACAUGCAAGAUACUAUCUCCAAAACUAAUGCAGAUAUUGAAUUGAAACUUCAGAGAACUUCGGGGUUAUAUAACUAGUUGAUAGAAUCAAGUCCCAUAACUCUGACAUGUAUUUUGGGCAAAUUAUGCCCCCUUUUGGACUUAGAAAGUCCUGGUUAAAGUUUUGCGUGCAAGUACAUACAGCUAUUACCAAAAAGCAUAUAGCUUUGAAACUUAUUUAUUCUUUUUCUAGGUCAAUUACCAAUCUCACUGGGUCAAGUUCCAUAACUCUAACAUGUAUUUUGAGCAAAUUAUGCCCCCUUUUGGACUUAGAAAAUUCUGAUUAAAGUUUUACAUGCAAGUUACUAUCUCCAAAACUAAUGCAGAUAUGGAAUUGAAACUUCACAUGUUUCUUCGGGGUUAUAAAACUAGUUGAUAGCAUCAAGUCCCAUAACUCUGAUAUGCAUUUUGGUCAAAUUAUGUCCCUUUUCGAACUUAAAACUCUUGAAAUUUAACAUUUUGGGUAAUAAUUUUCUGCUUCUGUGACAAUAUUUCGAAUAGUCGAGCUUGGCUGUCUUACGGACAGCUCUUGUUGAAAAAAGCAAUGAGAGUGUAAAAUGAAUAACUCAGUUAAACACUGCUGGCAAGGAUUGUAAAUAUGAACAAUGCUCUACGUAAUUAAAACGACACUGUCAAUA